CGACUAGGCUUGGCAAGGAGCCAGUCAGACAUGUUACCCCCAUCUACCUUGACCCCUCCUCUCCUCGGGACUCCUGUGAGGGUCAACCCCUUCUCCCUGAGGCAGGAUCUGAAUGGGGGGCGGUGUAAACUCUUAGACACACCCAGCAAGUCCGUUAUCUCCCUGACCUUCACACUCCCAGCACUUCGUGACCCAUGUGCCUCCCCACACCUUAGGGGGACACAGAGAAUGCGAGCGCCGCACAGGAGGUGCCAGUCUCUCCCCUGUACCCCAGAACUUGGCCGGACUKUAGCCUUGACAAGAGAUGCUGAGGGUAAGGAGGAGGAAGAAGACGAAGACAUCAGAUCGGCUGCAAAUAAAGGAGGAACGGUGGAGGACAACCAGUAUAAAGAGACAGAGCUGUUGGAGAACGUGGUCGAAAGGUUGCAGGUAGAGUUUAUAGCUGUAAAUGAGAAGAGAGCGUUAUUAAAGGAGGAGGAGAGAUUAGAAGAGGACUCAGGUCUUCCUGUUGAGCUAGAGAUGGUGUCUCUGGAGCGGUUGGAGGAGGAAGAGGAGGAGGGCGAGGAGAGUGUAUGUCUAACAGAACCCAUGGACUGUACCAAGUCUCCAGAGCCAACCGAGGGAGUCCUGGACUCAACAUCUGGAAGACCCAGGCCCAGCACCUCUUUACGUACCAAUGGCUGGCAACUUCCCAUCUCCAAUGGACCGCCCUCCUUGCCUCCGCUACCACGGUUAGACAACAACAAUGGUUCGGGCCUUGUGAUUGGCCAGCAGGUGCAAUGGGGAGGAGGAGGGCGAGCUAAUGGUUACAAUGGAGCCCAGGUCCUGCCGUCUGACCUUAGCGGCCCCUCUGAGCAGGAUGAAGUCAUUUCCUGUCCGGGAUGCUGUCUGGUGGGUCUGAGUUUCCCCUCAGUGUGCCUGCGGGGUUUAGCUGCUGUGCCUGCCCCCCGCCGAAGGGCCUCGCUACCACGGCAGCGACCAUACCGGAACCUCAACGGUACCAUUACUGGUGGCAGCACUUUCUCGCCAACAACAGCUGCCACGGCAACCAAAGCUCUACUGUGUCGCAGCACAAAUGGUUUGGCUGGUUCCUCAGUGCCAUGUGAACCGGGCCGGUCCCUGCCAGAGGCCCAGACAUAAGCCUGCUCAGAGGGGACUUUGACUUGAAUCUGUGACAUGUGCCAGCACCAAGUGUAAGCAGAGAAACUAAUACUGACCCCAGCCUCUCAGAUGUGUUGUUAAUUCUGUGCUUUUACAGCGAAAGCAAGGGAAAUAUAUUGGUGAUUACAGUGCCACUUCAUGUGCUGAAGGAUUAMACCAACAACUCUGUGACAGCGAAGAAAGAGGAGGCUCACAUAGAGAGAACACAGCUGAAGCAGAAAAAAGGGCUCCGGCUACGUGAGCGUCGCUGUAAACUCAACACUGAGCAGUCAGGGUCAACAACACAGCAGAGCACUGUGGCUGGAAGGAGCCAAACAGAGUCUCUGCUGAACCAAAACAAACCAAACUCAAUCUGCCCUCAGCUGUGGCUGACUUGAUUUAAUAGUGUGUGGCUGAUUUACAAGUUCAACUAUACCUCCAGUUUAUUACAACUUUGGUCUUAUUUUUGAAUUUGUAGCCAUCUUUAGAAUGAACAUUGCGCUUUAAGAACUUUGUGCUCAUCAUGUGAACAGGGAUUCAAAAUAAGACAGAUGGACUGAAGAGAAAAAUAAGAUUUUUUACCUUGUGUGUGUAACAUUUGUUUGCACUCUUGUGUGCACUGUUGGUUCAGUUUAAGUGGUUGUCYGUCCACUCAUGCUUCUUGCCCUGUCAGAUUUGAUGCACGGCACUUCAAAGCAAUGUUAUUGAUAGGGAUGUUGGCUCAAAUGACAAAAAUAAGACCUGAGUUUAUUGUAACUAGUCAAGCUAAUAAACAGGGAUUUUCCUUUAAUCUCUAUAGAACUUUUUUACAGUGGUGUGUGAAGUAAAUUUUGUAAUCCAUUGUCCCUCCCUUUAUGGAGGAAGUGAAGUAGAAAUGAAAACUGCUUUUGUUUUGCAUGGCAGCCCUGGCAGUGUCUCGCUGCAGGCCCACUACUGAUCGCAAUGCUGAACACUGCACUGGUAAACCCAGGUUCUGUACGGCAUGAACAGAAAAUGAUGGAUGUGAAUGUGGUUCUCUGCCAGCACAGUGUGACUGCAGGUAGGUGAACACAGCACUGUUUUUCAUUCUAUUUAAUAGAUUAACAUUAGCUAGGGGAAUAUUUAUAAAAUGAAUAAAGAUUUACUUACCUUUAUAUUUAUUUAUUUACAUUUUUAUAGCAGCUGGUGUGUGUGUGUGUGAGUGAGUGAGAGAGAGAGAGAGAGAGAGAGAGAGAUGAAGAGAGAAAGACAGUGAUAUCUGUUGCUUUCGGGCAAUUGAGGGAAAAACACUCCUCUGGGGCUCGUCAUGUAAAUUCUUUAUUUUUGCACUUCAGUUUGGAGGACGACUUUGCAGUAAGACACCAGGCUUUUACGAGAUGGUGCUUUAUUUAAAUCUGUGCUACUGGUGUUUUAUAUGUGCUUCUGGCCCGACAAACGACACACUUUGCAUUCUUUGACAUCUAGUCACCCUCACAUGUAUCUUGUGUGUGUAGAUGUGCAUUUUGAUUUCACAGUUGUAACUUAAAGUGGCAUGUGAAGCAGGUAUGAAUAAUUAUUGUACAGAUCAUUCCACACACUGUGUGUGUAUGUGCUUUUGAGCGAAAGGUAGAGUGAUGGAUACUCACAGGAUAACUUUUAUCCCAUCAUUUCUGAUGUUAAACCAUGGUUCUCACUUCAUUUCAAUGUUUUGUUCCUCUAUACAUCUAGAAACCUGCGUGCAAUAAUCUGGUAAUAAACAAAUAUGGUUG